AUGGUUUCGUCAAACUUAAACGUAUAUGCUUUGUCAAACAUGAACGUAAAUGUUUACGUCAAUGGUUUCGUCAAUGGUUUCGUCAAUGGUUUCAUCGUCAAUGGUUUCGUCAAUGGUUUCAUCGUCAAUGGUUUCGUCAAUGGUUUCAUCGUCAAUGGUUUCGUCAAACUUAAACGUAUAUGCUUUGUCAAACAUGAACGUAAAUGUUUACGUCAAUGGUUUCGUCAAUGGUUUCGUCAAUGGUUUCAUCGUCAAUGGUUUCGUCAAUGGUUUCAUCGUCAAUGGUUUCGUCAAACUUAA